AUGUGGUUUACCUUUUCUGGUGGCGCCGGAUACAGUCCUAAACGGUAUCUAAAGAGAACCAUUUGCUCCCCGCCAACCAGAAGACUUCCCCCUGCACGGCAUCUUCUCAACGUUGGCACUUACCAUCGAUUGUUGCUGUUGACCUCAGGUGACGUGGAACAGAAUCCCGGCCCAAAGCUAACAAUACAAUGCCUAAAUAUUGACGGGAUUCGAGGAAAGACGGCGGACCUUGACAGUUUUUUGGAGGAGAACCGAAUAGAUGUCUGUCUUCUCCAAGAGACGAAACUUUCGGAACGGAUCCCUACUCCUCUUUUUGCUGGAUAUGAUGCACUACGAUGUGACCGCAAGUCUGACCAUGGCGGGGGUCUACUGACCCUUAUAAAAAGAGGAAUAAAAUAUUUUGAGAAUCCCUUACCGUAUGCAAGCCUAAGGAAGGACUCCAACUCCGAAAUAAUUGGAAUCUCACUUAUGACCUCCUACGGAAGACUUGAAAUCGCCAAUGUCUACGUACCUCCCCCAGGUUCAUGCAAGAAGGGUUAUCGUUUUGACCUGUCAAGCCUUGAUAAAUUGGAUAACCUACUCUUAUGCGGAGACCUGAACGCGAAGCAUCCCGCUUGA